AAAAUUAUUACAAGGCCCAGAAUCAGAAUUCGAACUCAAUUUUGAAUUCGAUAAAGAAGAAAUCAAAAAUCACAAAAUUAAAAAAUAGACAAUUAAAGAAAUUAGAAAAAUAAUAAAAACAAAUAAAUUUGUAUUCUAAAAAUCCGAAAAAAAACUAUCAAAAUUUCGCAGUUUAGUGGUUGUGGUGUACCAACAAAACCAAACAUAAUGGUGAACGCAAUAGAAAAUGUGUUCUACACCUUAAGGAAUAUUCUCAUUAGAAUAACACUGGGCCCAAUAUCUUUCGUAUUUCUUGAACUUUCUAAAUUUGUGCUUGUGCUGGCGUUGGCCUUCUGGAUAACGGUUGGCAUUUUUAUGAUGUGGGAGAGCAUAAUGCCUGAAGCGGCAAGUCGUCUCUCGGCGGCAGCCGCCGCUGUUGUUGCCAAUUCAAGUGGUCUUAUGCCCAGUGACGAAGAUAAGGACAAUGCUAAAGAGUCGGGAAGUUAUCCCUUUGUUGUAGAUUUGCCAAAGACUGAAUCGUUGUCUUUGGGGAAACAAGUUAUAGAAGAAGCAUUGCUCCAAAAAGUGACGUCAGAAGGGAAAAGUCCGAGUGUAGUGGCGAGUGCUAAGGGCGUUACAUUAGAAGCUAAAGAUGAAAAUAAGAAUGAGAUUAGCAAGUCUGAAGUUCCAGCCGUUAAGAGCAUUACAGAGGAAGCUAAAGAUGAAAUUAAAAUUGAAAUUAGCAAAGCUGAAGUGGCGUCUGCAGAAGCUGCUGUCUCCAAACAACCUUCCACAGCAAUGGAAAGUGAAGCUGGUGACUCUGGUAAACUGAUUGAAUGAAGAAAAUAUUAAUUUACUUUUUGAUCAACACUCUGUAAUAGGAGAGAAGCAGAAAACGUGAAACAAGAAUUUAAAUUUGUUUGGUUGAACUGAAUUUUUGGUGAACUCUUUAGAAAGUUUAAUAAUAAAAGUCUAGAAAUA